AUUGCGCUGUAUUUUGAUAACUAAUAACUCUACGGCCCCUUAAGUAUCGUUUUAAGAGGAGUUAACUGCAUUGCUCUCAGUUUGAAGUCAUUGUAAAAUUGCACAAUAUCCAAAGUAAAUACUGAUAUCUGGCAUUCUUAGAACGAUUAUAUUUAAAUUAAACUGCAUGUGGCUGGUUAAAAGCUAUUGCGUAAUGCAAAUACAAGUACCAUAAAUGCGCUUUACUGCAAGAGUUACAAGUCUCAUACGCCCCAAUGCACGUCAAACUAAAGAUGCAACGCUGAAAAGCAGUCAAUUAACAAAUGCAAUUCAUUAAAACGGAAGCAAACACUAUGCUGCCGUUUUCCAAUAUUUACUCAAUUAAAUGGAUGCUGACGAUGCCUAACAGAAAACUACUGUAUGGAGCAUCAUCGCGGAACGUGCCCAGGCAAGCUUCAAUCAAGGUGAUGGAAAGCAAAUAUCUACAUACUGGGAAAAGAAAGAUCAGCCACCGAGUGCUAUAGAUAAAGUUAUUGCCUUUUUUCAGCACGAAUGUCAUCAACUUUCAUCAACUUUCAGAAUAAAAUAAGGAUUAACUAUGAUGGUACAUCUUUCAAAAUUAGAUCGAGUUUGAAUAAAAUCAACAUCAGAUGUGAUAAAAACGACUUUGUUUUUGAGAAUGUAAACUAAAGUUACAUUACAAAAAUAUUGUUUUCCCACAAAAUAUGUUUUUAUUCACAACUUUUUAAAAUGUUCAUGCUUGCUUGGAAAAUUACAUCGUAAAGCUUAAUCACAAGUCUAUUUAAUAUUGAAUUCAAACGAUUUAAAUCAAAUAAACCACUUUUUUAUAAACUUUGAUCCGUUCUACGUUAAUGUCUGCAAACUAUUGUAAUAAGUAAACAGUUCCAGGCAAAGUUCCUCUGCUAUUACACAUUAGUAGCUAUCUUUCCGGCGGCACAUACAAAAUUAACCCAACUCAUUUAGUCGAGCUAUUUGGUUAAUUUAAUUAAAUUUGAUAACCGAAGCUUAGCACCAAAACACGUACUUCGGGGCAAAGCUUUCGGAACGGUCAAACAGCUUCCUGUGUACACAGCUGUACAAACAUCUGUGCGCUUAGAUAUACGAAAAAAGAUUUUUCCAUUCAUUUAUAUUAAUUUUAUCCUUCUCCAGCUUCCACGAGGCGGCUUCCAUGUUCCAUUCAACCGAGAAGAACUAACCCACAUUUUAUCAACAAAGCUCAACUCGUUCGUUCGUAGGACGUAUGCACUAAAUAGGGUUACCUUUCACUGGAAGGGAGUGAAAAGGGUUCGUAUAUCUCGCCACUCAUCUGCACACGUUUGGAGUACAAGAAGCCUACAAAAUGUCUACAGCACACAGUGGCAAAUGCCUCGGACUGAAGUCGCCUUUCAUCCAGUUCCGGUCGGAGUUCGAGGUGCUCUCGAAUAACAGCAUAUCAUUGAACCUCACAGAAAUACGACACAAACUGAAAAGUGUACAAAAUUUGGACCACUUCAUUCGUCCAGUGGAUAGUGGUCGAAAGGAUGACGGCAAGAGACAGCUUCUUUCGGGUUCUGGGCUGUCUCCAUCGACUGGUGUGGUCAAUACGCUUCCUAGCAACAUGACGAUUACAUUUCUGACCACAACACCCCCAUCGUUCGUGAAUCAUUUCGAAAUAACGACAGAGAAUGGCUAUUCGAACGAUAUAGACGUAGAGAGGAAAAGCUUCAGUGAACAUAUGAUAUCUGAUGAUAGCAGUAAAAAGGAAAGAAAAUACAUCAUACCGUUAGCACUGAAGACCUCGUCCAAUGAAAAGGAGAAAACAUCGUCCAUAUUUCAUGGAUCAUCGACCAAUAUUGACGACCUCAAGCGCCAUAUUUUGAUGCUGCAAAAUCUGACUCAGUCUGAUAAAAACUUUCAAAGCAAAUUUGUGGUUUUCCCUUCGUUACAAAAGAAUGGAACAGAGUCAUCAACCGUCACUGCAGUACCAGUUUCGACAAGUGCUCCUACGACAACAACAACAUCUCGUCCUCCUUUUCACCAAAUGCCAGUGCUCCAAAUUAGGGAAGAUCAAAGUGCGGUUAAAACGUUUCCUGAAAAGUUCACACGGCUACGGCCAACGAUCAAUAUGCCACGCCAAAUCCUGCCCAACUCUCAAGAUAUAUUAUCCGAUAAUAAAGACGACAUGUUCAAAAUGGAAAAAAUUACAAUAGUCCCUCAGGUUUUCUUACAGAAUGACCAAACUCCGGAUUCCUCCGCAGAUGAAGAGAAUAAUAACAAUAAUUACGGCCACAAUAACGACAGAAAGAAAGAGAUCAAAGGAAAUGACGGAGAGAGUAUCAAGAAUAAAAAACCAUCGCCGCUCGUCCAUCAUGGAACCAGUCCCAGCAGAGAAGGGACAACACAAGAGAUAAGCAAUAAAUCUCCUCUGUCGGCCACAAUACUACCAUCGGCACGGAAACUCGGACGCAACAACAAAACCACAUCGGCGGCAUUGGCGUCUAGCACGCUACAAACAGCCAUUGCCGCCAAAGAUGCUGAAUUCGAUAAUGCCUCUACACGUGGCACCAGCAGCAAUGUACGGGGAAACGGCAAGAAACGAAAUCGGAAAAAUAAAAAGCCAUCCGAACAACCAAUUAACUCCAAUCCGGUUCAUGAUAUCCACGAUGGAGUACCGAACCAAAGCUCAAACAAGACCAAAGCCGGCAGAAAAGGUGCUAAACGCCUUCAAAGACUCCAGCAGAAAGCAUUUAUGUUGCAGCAAUUAACAUCCAGCUCAUCGACUGUUGCGUCUCCUCCUGCAACGACCGCGACGAACUUCAAUCGAAAACUUUCGCGCUUCCGCCGGGCUGAACGGCUUACGAACAAAGCUCUGCGAACUCAGCUGGAGCAUACUUAUGCCAAAGAUAGUACAAUAGUUCCAAUAUACGGAUCAAUUAACGGAUCCAGUGUAAGUGCCAUAACCGGUCUAGCUAGUAGUAGUGUAAGUGUUAAAAAUACCACAGUUUUUUCCAUUGAUAGCGGAAAUAACAAUGGUGGCAAUCACAGUGAAAAAGAUAUAAUCAACCUAAAUCCAGACCUCUGCUACAAAGUGACCGGGUUAAGUGGAGGACAACAGAAGUUAUGCGCUCAGCAUACAAGUGUCAUGCCAGCCAUAAGCCGCGGUGCAAGAGCUGCCAUUCAGGAAUGCAAGCACCAGUUCAAGCACCGCCGAUGGAACUGCAGCACCAUAGAGGACGACACCGUUUUCGGACCAGUUUCAAAUAUAGGUUCACCGGAGAUGGCAUUCGUCCAUGCGCUGGCAGCGGCUGCGGCUGCCAGCUUUAUAGCUCGCGCCUGCCGUGACGGACAGUUAGCAUCGUGCGGAUGCUCACGGAGCUCUCGGCCCUCACAACUUCACGAAGAUUGGACCUGGGGUGGCUGUGGAGAUGACAUGGAAUUCGGCUACAAGUUUUCCCAAACGUUCAUUGACAUCAAAGAGAAGGAACGGAAACGUGGUACCCGAGGCCUGGUGUCAAUUCCGGCAAAGUACCCUAAAAUUGUGGAAAGGUUACUAGAAACAUUAAACGACACGAGUGAGCACAUUCUCAACGGAACUGACACUCUAUUCCGUCCAGAGGAUCUGCAAAAACUGCAAGAUAAAAUAGCCAAAGAAAUAUCCAGUUCAAAUCUGGAUCCCAAAGAAAUGAAUGAACUUCAGGAUAGGAUAAAUAAGGAAAUAACUAACUCCGAGGUAUUCAACUUGAAACACUUCAAUAUAUAUGACAAACUGAAAAAAAUGUUCAAAAAACCUGAGAAGACGCUCAACGGUGUUAAAUUUAGCGCAUCAGCGAAAGCACGUGCUCUGAUGAAUCUGCACAAUAAUGAAGCCGGUCGAAGAGCAGUUAUCAAAAAGUCACGAAUUAUUUGCAAAUGCCAUGGCGUUUCUGGUUCGUGCAGUCUCAUCACUUGCUGGCAACAGUUGACCUCAGUUAGAGAAAUCGGUGAUUUCCUGCGCGAGAAAUACGAUGAGGCAACACAGGUGAAAAUAAAUAAGCGGGGUCGAUUGCAGGUCAAAGAUCCUAGGUACAAAAUCCCAACACCGCUGGAUUUGGUAUAUCUAGAUGAAAGUCCCGACUGGUGUCGAAAUAACAGACAACUCAAAUGGCCAGGAACCCAUGGUCGUGUCUGUAAUAAAACUUCCUCCGGGCUGGAUGGAUGUGCGAUUCUCUGCUGUGGACGAGGCUAUAACACGAAAAAAAUCGUAGUCAAGGAGCGUUGCAACUGUAAAUUCCAGUGGUGCUGCCAAGUUAAAUGCGACAUGUGUACACGGCAUAUAGAGGAGUAUACGUGUAAAUAAGUAUUAUAGUUUAGCGAGGCAAAAGUCGGUAUUAAUUAUGUAACUGAAUGGUGUCUGAAAGCAUACCUACAUUUUUGUGCAUAACUAAUCUUCUGAAUUAUUAAACUUUAAAGUCCUUUCACAUAUAUUUUACCGAAAGUACAUAAUAAAAAUUAUAAAAUCUCAAAAAAAUGGGAUUUUUUUUAUUUUACGAAAAUAAUCAUCGAGUAGGUAUGCUUUCAGAAAGAGUAUGAGAAUGCAAAAAGAAACGAAUGUGAAUAUGAAUUUUGUGAUUUGUGUACUCCCUAGAUCAAAAGUUUGGAUUCAUCCUCUUAAAUAUGGAAAUAUUUAAUGUUCAUAACUAGUUUGUCUUUAGGGCCAACAUAACCGAAUCAGACAUCGCUGUGACAUUUGAACAUUUUUUAAUUCGACAUAUGACGAAAAAGCGGGGUACGAAUUAAAAAGCGUCGUAUUAAAACGUGUCGAACCAGCGGGGUAAGAUGGUAGUUUUUAAAACUCGUGGAAAAAGAGAAGGUUAAUGAACUUGGAAGUGAUUAUACAGGGGGUGGCCAAAAUCUUUGGGAUAGGCAACUUUUUUUCUCUCACAAAAAAGUUCAACAUGCUGUAACUUUUCAUAGAGUGCAUCAAAUAUUCUCAAAUUUCGACUGUUUGUCAACCUAUUAUAUGUGUAUCAUUGCACAUUGGUCGGGCUCCAUACAAAGGGGCGGCCAAAACUCUCAAAAAACGGAAUUGAUAUUUUUAAACUUUUUUUCGCCUUAUAACAAAGAUAAUGUAUUGUAGUUUUAUGAUUCUUAAUUAAAAGCAUACCAGCUUUUGUAUUUCAAUGACAUUUUCACUGCCAAAGUGGCCCAAGUCAUAAAAUUGAAAAAUGAAUUAUUCGAAAAAAGUAAAAUAAUAAUAUUUUGAGAAUGGAAUAUAUGUUUUAUGUUAUCCAGCAUAUGAAAGCUUGUUAUUGGACUGUUUGAAUGCACAUAUGGUGCAAAAUUAAUAUGUCACAAAACUUUUCAAAUUUUCAUAUUUUGUACCUUAGGAAUUUUGGUAAUUUUUAAGUUAAAAAACGGUUCGUGUCGUCACGUGUCGCCGCAAUUUCGAAUAGUACAUCUUAAACAUCAUGCUUAGGGCUGCAUAAAAUUGUUUAAACUUUUUGCAGAAAUUUGCAGUUUUUCAAAUUAGAGCUAUUUAAAAAAGUCGUGUUUUUUCAUAUGUUUUACGUUAUUUUUCCAUUUUUGACUGAAAUAAAAUUUAUCUUCCCACAUUUUUCACACGUUUUGAACAAACUUGAUUGGAUUUGAUCGAAAGAUGAUCAUUUAAUUAAAUUCAAAUUGAUUUUCCAACAAAAAACGCAAAAAAUGUGGGGUUUGCUGAUUUUUACCGUUUUUGAAAUUUUUGAAGUUACGUAAUUUUUGAAUACUCCUUUUUAAACACUAAAAAUACUAUAUAUCAUAUCUAGACAACCUAUAACUUCGAUUAAACACAUAAAAAGAGUUUUGGCCGAACUUUAUCUUUUUCCGACCAUUGUGCAUUGGUACAAAUUUGAGCUCGAUUGGUUAAUCUUUCGCUUCUUUUUUUAGACUACUAAUUUUUGAGCUGUCAUAUCCCGGAGACCAGUGAACCGAGUUGAAUGAAAUUUUGAACUUUUAUCCACAAUAUAUUAAUGCUUGAAAAUCAAAAAAUGCUUGAAAACAUGGCAGCAUGGGUACUUUUUAAACGUUGAAAAAAAUUAUGAUGGAUAGACACUUUUUGGAUAUUUUUCGAAAAAAUGCAUUUUUUUACAUCAAUGUAAUACAAUUUUAUUUUUGAUAUCCAAAGAUUUUCUACUUUUGUUCAAAAGAUAUCUAUAGAAAGAUAUAUUUGAGGCUAUUUGGAUUAAAGGAAGAACAAAUUUUGUAGUUUUUGUGCAGUAUAGUAAAUUUGACUCAUUUUCCUCUAAAUGAGUGAAAAUGUCAAACCAUCAUAACUUUUUUCAACGUUUAAAAAGUAUCUAUGUUCUGAUGAAUUUUCAAGCAUUAUUAUAUUAUUGAUAAUCGCACAAAAUUUCAUUCAAUUCAGUUCACUGGUCUCCGAGAUAUGACAGUGCAAAAAUUGAUAGUCUUUAAUAUAGUGUUUUACCAGAUCAGUUAUAACUUCGCGAAAGAUUAACCAAUCGAGCUCAAAUUUGUACCACUGAUGCACACAUAAUAGGUUAAAAAACAGUCAAAAUUUGAGAAUAUUCGAUGCACUCUAUGAAAAGUUUUGGCCACCCCCUGUAACAAACUAACUGACUAAGCUAAGGUGCAAGCUUUGUCUCCAUUGGGACGUCAGGCCAAAUCCAAGAAGAAUGUUUUUGCUAAUUGAAAAAAAAUGAUGUUUUUGAUAAAUCAUAAGAUAUUGUAACGAAGGGAAUUUGGUACGCUGUUCACCCAAAACAAAUUUAAAUAUUCUUAUUUGAAAUCCCUAGUUUGAGAUUACUAUAUUAUUCAUACGCGCCAACUUGUGACGUAGUUGUGGGGGGGGGGGGUAGUGCAAGGCCUCUCAAAACCAAUAUUUCAUUGACAAAAUCGAUGCAGUUUAUCCAAAUUAGGCAUAUUCAAGUGGAAACUACUGCAUUUAGUUGAAAAAAGUUGCAUUUUCUUUGAAGAGCUUUGCCCCAACCUCCCCCUCCCACAAUUACGUUACAGGUUGGCGCGUAUGAUAUCAUUUAACACAAACUGAUUUUUUUGAAAAUCAGCCAAAUGCUUAGCUGAAGGUAAGUAGAACAAUCAAUGAAGGCUAAUUUCACAGUUUUGGUCAUGAUACCAUAAUCAUCACGAAUUUCUUUUCAGAAAUAAUCACACGUGACAUAAAUAUCGUUCAUAAAUUUUGAAGACAGCCUGUUGUACGGUAAUUGGCAGAUAGUAUAAAAAAUAAAAAAGUGCAUGUUUUAAGAGAUGAAUUCAAUCUUUUGAUUCUAAGAGCGAGACCUUAUUUAUUUAUUUAAACAAAGAGCGAACAGGUGUAAACAAUUACUAGGAGAUAAUCAAAGAAAAGCUAUCUCGUAGUGAUUAGAUUGCUUAACAUGUGCUAUAUUAGUAACAAUAUGUGGAUGGUUAAAUAUUUUAUUAUUGCAACAUAUCUUGAGUCGUGCGUCUUAUCAUAAGAAUUGAUGUUGAUUUCACGAAAGUUUCGAAUGAAGUGAUUACUAAAAUAUUUGUAGAUAUUUAUUAUCGAUUGAUUACGCACUCCUGUGAAAAUAUACACUUUAGCUUAUUUACUUACUGAUGCUACUACAUGGAGAGAACACAAAAAGAUUUUUUGUUUUGUAUAAAUGAUGGAACAGACUUUUCAUCACAAAUAUAGUAUCUUUUCACAAGUAUUGCUUAUUUUCAAAUAUGGUAACACUCUUGCGCUCUUAAGAAUAACCUGAACCACAGUGACACAAAGAGUUCAAAUUUCUUGUAGUGUUGCUAUAUUCAUUAUGGGAGUUGCAAUAUUUCGUGAAGAGAUUUGAUACUUUUGACAACUAUUGUUUUUUGAAAUUGAAAGUGUAAAUAAUAGAUAUAUCAAAUAUUUGCAUCGAACCAGUAUUAUUAGGUGAUUUAAAGUAUGAAUUUCAUAAAACAAAAACUUUUAUCUCUCUAAGUUUUUUACUAGAACAUUUUUACAGCUUACGGUAGUUCUACGAAUAUUUAUUAUAGUUGUAGAAUUCAGUGUAUCAUUGUCAUUCACAUUUAUACUGCAUUCAUCGGAACGGAGUGCAAACGAUUUAGGUUUAAAUGGAACAAUGUAAUCAUAGUUACACUUUUUACUAUCACAUAUCCAAUCAUACGUUUAAAUUGAUUAUUCAGACAUGAACAGGCCUAGCAUUUGCAAAAUUCUUCUUGUGGUCUGAACCAGAACGAGGAAUGUUGAGCAAAUUGUCCAGCAAUGUACAUACCUUUAUUUAAUAAACCCGAUUUCAUGGUAGAAUGUUUGUCCGAUUCUAGAUGUAUAAUAUUUCUCGAAACGUAACAAUGAGGCAAUGUAUAAUUAAAGAAAAAUAAAUAUAUAUUCGUUCUAUAGGACGUUUAUGUUCUUAUUAAAUAUUUUUUUAAUUUUAUUUUCAGUUAAUAUCACAAGCCCACAAAUAGAAUAAAUUCCAAAUUCGUUCCAGAAUGAAAUUAAUUGACAACAAGACCAUUUUCAUUUACCAUUGAUUUUAGCUUUUGAAAAACGAUUGUCAUUUGACUGUAUUCUAAACAGCAUUUUACACAUUUUUGUACCAUUGGUGCUCGUAAUCAUAAAAUUGUUAAAAAAUGGGGAAGGAUACUUUUUCGGGUGUUAUAGGUCAUUCAAACUGUCUUUGAUUUUACAUCGUGAAGUCUGCGGGAGUACAGUGACCGGCACAAAAAAAGAUCCACCAUAGUGAUUGCUGUUUCCAGUGAAAAAUGCAUGCAAAAAUGAUAAAAUAUAUCUUUCAAUGAAUGCACUUCAUUCAUUUUACAUUGUUUUAGUGAUCUAUGUUGAUAAAUAUUUGGUUCUUGAGGAAUAAAAUGAUUUCUGAUAAGAUUGGGAAAAUUUUCUAAAAAUUGGGUAUGACAGAAAAAAAGAUCCACUUAGCAAUUAAUUCUAAAACUUCAAAAUUUCGCCAAAUUUUCACAAUUUUUGCUUCUUGGUUUAUGCUGUUGUGAUGUUUUUGACUUGUGAAAUUUAUUUUGACAUGAGUUUUAUGAAUUUUAGGGUGAUAUGCGGCGAGUUUAUUUUUCAUGGUUAAUAUAAUAGGUAAAACUUUCCCUAAACUCAAUUCAAUUUCGUGAUAUAUCUCACAAAAAUCGUACCGGAAGUAACUAUGUUCACUAGUGCCGCGUGAUGGCAAAAUUCGGAACUAUUUUCUUCAUGACCUGGAAGUACUCGUAGCCAUAAACAACUUUGCCAAAGAUAUAUCUACAGUACUUUCCUAUCUGGCUUUAAUCUCGCCGAAGUCUUUCCGGAAGUAACUAUGUCUACUAGUGCCACAUUGUGGUAAAAUUCUGAACGA